CACACACACACACACACGCAUUUAUACGCAUUACACACACGCGCUCGAACGAGCGCGCGCUGACGUUGCGCCGAACAGAAACAACGCUCUUUAUCCAAUCCGAACUUCCUUUUUUCUUUUCUUUUCUUUUUUUUUUUUGAAAGAAAGAAAGAACAACACCUCCAGGACACGAGCGAGGGGGGUUAUUAUUAUUAUUAUUAUUUUUAAUAUAUAUAUUUGCUCUUUUUUAUUGAUGCACAAGCUGAAUCCCCCCCUGUGCAGCCCGGGUGGGCUUUAGGAGCGCGCGAGGAAGUCAUCAUGUGAAGGGAAAGAACACACACCACGCACACACUUGCAGAAGAACACCAACCGGACAGAAAAGGAAAAAAAAGGAAAGAAAGAGAGAGGGAAAGAGAGAGAGAGAGAGAAAAACACAGGGCUGGAUCGCGAGGAAACGAAAGUGUGAAGGGUGUGUGCGGUAUGUCCGUGGAUGAGCAGCCGGAGGGCCCGAUGUACGUGUAUGAGUCGACGGUGCACUGCUCCAACCUCCUGCUGGGCCUGAACGAGCAGCGUGAGCGCGGGCUGCUCUGCGAUGUCACCGUGCAGGUGGAGGGCAAGCAGUUCCGUGCCCACCGCGCCGUCCUGGCAGCCUGCAGCGGCUACUUCCUGCAGGGCCUGGUGGCACACGGCGACAACGAGCUUGUCUUCACAAUGCCAGAUGAGGUCACUGCCAGGGGCUUUGCUCCAUUGUUGCAGUUUGCCUACACAGCCAAGUUGCUGCUCAGCCGUGACAACAUCCAGGAAGUGAUACGCUGCGCCGACUUCCUGCGCAUGCACAACCUAGAGGACUCCUGCUUCCGUUUCCUGGAGGCACAGCUGCGGAGUGAAGAAGACGGUGCCCAGCUUUGCCAAAAGGGGGCACCCGAGAGCAAUCAUUCAGAAGAUGAGAGCAUGCAAGCUGAGGCCUCGGUCGUGACCACGAAUGCACCAGCGACUUGGGCUGCUUCUCCACACUCUCGACGCCAUCCAGAUGUCCUCCAUGCUCUUCGUCAGCCAGAUCACGAGCGGCUGGUAGCCAGCGCUGACUUCCCAGAUGACCAAGUGGACUCGGAACAGCAGGUCACCUCGGAUCAGCCACGAUGCCCCAAGUACAGGAAGUACCAGCGGGCAUGUAGUAAGCACAACAACAACGAGAGCUCCUCACAUAACAGUAGUACCUCAGGUUUCCCAAGCACAUUGCUCAGUGGGCCAGCUGUGACUCGCAUCAAGCAGGAGCCGCAAGAGGGCGAAGACGAGCCCAUCACACUGGGUCUGUCAGAAGAUGAAGACGAUGGCAGGGACAAAGACAACGGCACGGCCGACAUGGAGUUGGACGGAAAUGAACUGCACGGUCUUUUUACACGUGGCAUCUCGGACUUGCCCAACACUUCCCAGCAGCUUAUUGCCAGCAGACUGGCCUGUGCCCAGGUUAAAGCAAGCACUCAGGGAGAGCACAAAAAAGACUACAGGCCUUCACAGGUGCCCGUGGCCUUCCCCAAAGAUGCUGACAGCUUCUCUACUGGACUGUCUCUGAGGUCGGCGUCUUACGACGGCAUGUGUAAGCAGGAAGUGGAGAUAGACAGGCGCAGUGUCAUCUUUUCUUCAGGAGCCUGUGAGCAAUUGACCACACCUGCUCAUUCCUACCCAGGCAGCAAUUCCCAUGACAAGGAGCUGGCUGACCAACUGCCCAAAGGACUGUGGGUCGGGAACAGCCAGUCGCUGCCCACUUCUGGUGCUGCUUCUGGCGAGGUGCCGCCCCUCCUGUGUCGCCAAAGGCCUAACACCAGCUGCCCUGUGCCCAUUAAGGUGUGCCCACGUUCACCUCCCUCUGAGACACGCACCCGCACCUCAAGCUCCUGCUCGUCGUAUUCCUAUGCUGAGGACGGCAGCGGUGGCUCUCCCUGCAGCCUGCCCCAGUUCGAGUUUUCCUCUUCACCCUGCUCUAACAUAACUCGCUGCAUGCCGACUGACCCACAGGAACUGUUUGGCCCGGCAAGGCCGAAAAUCAAGUGCGAGCAGGCAUACGGAACCAACUCUAGCGAUGAGUCUGGAUCCUUUUCCGAAGGAGACAGUGAGUCCUGCCAUGUUCAAGAGCAAGGAUCAGAAAUCAAACUCCCUUUCCCCGUCGAUCAGAUCACGAAUCUUCCACGCAAUGACUUCCAGAUGAUGGUGAAGAUGCACAAGCUGACGUCAGAGCAGCUCGAGUUCAUCCACGACGUGCGGCGGCGGAGUAAAAACCGCAUCGCUGCCCAACGCUGCCGCAAGAGGAAACUCGACUGCAUCCUCAACCUGGAGUGCGAAAUACGCAAACUGGUAUGUGAGAAGGAGAAGCUGCUGACCGAGCGGAAUCAGCUGAAGGCGUGUAUGGGUGAGCUGUGGGAGAAUUUCUCCUGCUUGUCUCAGGAGGUGUGUCGUGACGUCACACUGAGCCCCGAGCAGGUCCAGUCUCUCCAUCACUACUGCCCCGUGUUACGGCCCGCCUCAGACUCCGCCUCCCCGACCCACCCCCCGCCAGCGCCAGCCAGCAUAGACCUCACCACCCGCUCCGGAGCUGCUACGCCCGAAUCCGAAUACGUCAAAACGGCAGUCGCGAACGACACGCACCCGGAACCAGCAUCAUCCAAGUGUCAUGUGGGGAACGGCAAAGGGGACGACACGACGACGCCGACGCCGCCAGGCUCCGCCUACCUCGAAGCGGGCCAGUGUUUGGAACAGUCCAAUCAGACGGUGACGGUAGACUUCUGUCAGGAGAUGACCGAUAAAUGUACCACUGACGAACAGCCGAGAAAAGACUGCACCUAGUGACAGUGUUCGUUCGUUCGUUUGUUCGUUUUGUUCGUUUUUUUAAUUUUUAAUUUUUAUUUUUUAUUAUCGUUAUUUAAUUUCGUUUUAUCUUCUGACAAAACCCCCAGUUCAAGGGGUGUUCAAAUGGUCAGCCUCUGCCAGUGUUGAAUCUAUGAAUCUUUUUUUGUUUGUUUGUUAGGUUUUAUAUAUUUAUGUCUUUUUUUUAUUUUGUUUGUUUUUUUUGUCCAAUUGAUAAUUUUUUGUCCUUUUUUUGAUACACAGUUGACACUACAGUUGUCUUAACAGCAGCAAUACUGUUACUCCAGGUUCUCUCGGGCUCAGCCGCGGGCUGAAAGGUCUCGCAGAAGAAAACAAACAAAAACAAAAGAAAAAGAAAAAAAAACAAAGGAAAAAAAAAAAAACUCAAUGGUGCUACACGGCGACGCUGUCUUCUCCGGGUCACAGUCCAGCUCGCGGAGGGGAUCGGCUCCAACCACAUCACGUCUCACAUCCACGGACCUAGCAGCAGCUCAGUAUCUCUCUCUCUCUUUUCUUUUUUUUGAUCUCUUUCUCUCUCUCUCUCUCUCUAUCUUUCCUUUCUUCUUUCUGUCCUUACAGAAAGACCAACAGUGUUAAAUUAGUACCUACAGUGUUACACCUUUUAAUCCUACACUGUGCAGCUACACCAGUCUGAUUUAACACCAGGGCUCUCUCUCUCUCUCUCUCUCUCUCUCUCUCUCUCUCUCUCUCUCUCUCUUCAAUGCCACGGGCAAAUUCAGGAAACUCAGGAAACUAUUCUGAAUGUUUGAUUCUAGUCCUUCAUGAAAAGGUUACAGAUUAUGUUACAUGACC